UUUAGCAUAAAGCUUCAUCUAUAUAUUCAUCAAGGGUAUCAACAAGGUCAUAAAGUGGAUCGAAAGCAUGGGAAGAGGCCCUUUCCUGGUGAUGAAUCAGAGGAGAAAGCGGAGGAUCAUCAAAUCUUUGAGUCGUUUUCCUCAGCUCGAUCUCAGCAAGAGAUGUCUGCCAUGGUCUCAGCUCUAGCUCAAGUGAUUGGAAUCACUGACCAAACCCCAGUGGUUCAAAUGCCCGCCGAGCCAUUGGCAAACCCCCUGCCCAGCGCCACGGAAUUGCAUGACGAUCAACCUCCUCAACUGCAGGCUGCUCAAAAUCAAGGUAAUGUGAGGAGAAGGCACUAUAGAGGUGUGAGGCAGAGACCUUGGGGAAAAUUUGCAGCGGAGAUUCGUGAUCCAAAUAAGGCAGCCCGAGUGUGGCUUGGAACCUUCGAAACAGCCGAGGCUGCCGCACUUGCUUAUGAUGCGGCAGCUUUGAGAUUCAAAGGAAGCAAAGCUAAGCUUAAUUUCCCAGAAAGAGUUCAAGGAGGAACUGAGUUGGGUCACCUCACAACAACUGGUCCACAAGACUUAGCAGCUGGGGGGAGUCGAAGAACUGAAUUGGCUCAUUACAAUCAGCCUCUUUCUGAUCAUCAAUAUCAACUGCAGGCAAAUCCCAAUAAUGUUAAUUUUACUCAACCUGAUCAAUAUGCACAAUAUUUUCGAGGCGGCAAUUAUGAGAACCUAAGUUAUGAUGUUUUACCAAAUACUUUUUACGAGAGAGAAAGAUCAUUUGUUUCCCAGACUUUAUCAGCUACCACUACUACAUCUUCAGUGCCUUUCGUACCAUAUCAACAAGAAGAUCAAGAUCAACAUGUACAACAACAACAGCCCUUAAGCUUUUCUAUGGCGCAGCAGCCGUUUGGUUCUUCUUCUUCUUCGAGUUCAGAUCCUUAUAAGAAAAAGAAAGACUUUGGACAGCACCCUUAGUAUCAAGACAAGUUCCAAGUUUCUCCGGGGGAGAUGAAGAGAGAAUGAUAUAAUGAUCCAUCUUGGAGCAGAAGUCAUGAGAUUUUCGUCCUAUAUAUAUCUGAACACAUAUAUUUGUUUCCUUAAGUUUUCA